AUGCCAAAGAAUAAAGGGAAGGGAGGGAAAAACAGAAGAAGGGGAAAAAAUGAGAAUGAAUCCGAAAAAAGAGAGUUGAUCUUUAAGGAGGAUGGACAAGAGUAUGCCCAAGUAGUUAAAAUGCUUGGCAAUGGUCGAUUGGAAGCUCAAUGUUUCGACGGAGAAAAACGCCUGGCACAUAUCCGUGGUAAACUCCGUAAAAAAGUUUGGAUCAAUCAAGGGGAUAUCAUUCUUAUCUCUCUACGAGAUUAUCAAGAUUCAAAGGCCGAUGUUAUCCUAAAAUAUACGACCGAAGAAGCUAGAAAUCUCAAAGCGUAUGGAGAAUUACCGGAAAAUGCUAAAAUCAAUGAAGGUGGAUUGGGCUCGGAUGAUGAUGAAUGCAACUUUGAAUUCGAUAUUGAUGAGAUAAGCUCAAAAGUAUUAAGUGUAAUCAUGUACCAUACACGAUCUCCAUUCUACCCAUCUAAAUCUAAUCUCGUCGAUUAUUUUCUCCUUUCUCUAAUUAUCGAAAAAUACUCCGGCCAGGAGUAG